AUGCAAGUCAGCACCAGGAUGGAAGCCAAAGAAUCCAAGCGAGCCAAGGAAUCCAAGCGAGCCAAGUCUGUGCGCCACCAUGGCACCCCCAGCCAUGACCCUGCAGCCCCUGAGUCCAGUACGGGCCAGGAGGACAAGUCUCUGAAGACCUUUACCAUCCCCAAGAUCUCACGGACAUGUGAGAAAGCGUACUUGUCAACUUGCCACACCAACUGGAGGGAGUACAGCUCCAUCAGCCACACGCUCACCCAGUGCCGACUGGACCUGAGCUGCGAGCUGCAGGCAUCCUGGCAGUUUGGGGAAACGAAACUAGUUCACAGUGAAUAUCUGGAGAAGAGGUUUUUGGCCAAGAGGACAGAGAUGCGAGAAUACGGCCGGCAAGGCCGCGAGCUGGAGGAGCAUUACUGCUUCUUGGCGCUGUCCCAUAGAGCCAUGCACCGCAUAUACCACAACGGACUGUGCACCCGGGAGUCUGCCAUGAAGGCGCUCGGCAAUCCCCUGCUUGGCGUCUAUUUGUUCAGGCACGCCGAUGUCGCCUUGAGUUAUGCGCACAGUAGGAAGUACCGUGUGGACAAUCUCAUGAUUUUUAAGGUUCUCUAUGGAAAGGUGAAGAAGAUCCAGCCCAUGGUGGACAAGAACAAAGCGUGUCUGGACCCUUCACCCAAUUUUGACUGCCACAUGUCGAGACUCGUCGCAAAGCCCAAAGACCCCAUUGAGCAGCAGGCCCACGGCUCCGCUGUUUAUCUGUACGAGUACAACACGUUUUCGAAGCCCGUGGACAAGCCGCGGCAGUGUCUCCCAUACGCUGCCGUGACGGUCAGAUUCCUGGGUCACAGAGCAGAGAGCCGGCCAACUAUCACAUCCCUGCGAUUUCUCUCCACGGGAUUCCCCACGUGGUCUGAAAAAAGGGGCUCCCUGAAUAACUGUACGAUUGCCAAGAGAAUCGGGAAGGGAAAAGACGCCACGAUCAUCUAUGAGCAUUUCCCGAAGCCCGCGGAUUCCUCGCCCCAGGACGGCUGUUCCUGUGCUGCAGAGAUGAAUCCUUUGGCCGCCGAUAGAUCCUCUCCCUGUGGAAGUGUGCAGAACACUAGCUUCUUUGCUGUAGGCACCGUCGAUGGCCAGACUGAGCAUAAUUUAGCAGAAGGCUACACCCUGUCUCAAGUGCAAGCACCUGAGGCUAACCCGCCCCUCCCACCCGGCAUGGAUGCCCCUCAAAGUGGGAGUGGUGACCUGUCGAUGAACCUUAAUUACUUCGAAAAACUCUUCACCACCCUUUCUGCUGCAGUGGCUCUUCCCAACAACAUUGGUACCAGUACCGUGACGACCUCCAAGCUCAUCAAGGACCCUCGGCUGGUGAAAAGAGGAGGAUCCUGUGACCGAGCAAACCCCGAGACAGGCUCCGGAGAGAGCAGGGAAGAAUGCCCUGAUUCAGAAGCGAAUCCUUCACCAUCCCUGCCCACGGAUGCUGUUCUCCCCUCUGGAGCUGUCCCUAGUGAGCCCAUGGCGCUCAAUUGGGGCUGCCCUCGUUCUGAGGGCACAUUCUAUCAGAGCUGUGACUAUGGAGCUAUCCGUGAGGUAACCAUGGAGGAUGCAAAACAAGACCCCCAAAAUAGUGAUCUUCUUUCACAUGCUUCCGAGGAAGUCAUUCCAGAACAUGAGACCCAGGAAUAUAGUGAAAAAGAAAGGCAUGACUCCAGCCGGAUGAACAGGAUCCUCCUGCCAGUUAAGAAACAAGCCAGGGGAAAGUACAUCUCAGAGAUAGGUCACUUUCCUGGAAAGGGCAUGUCAAUGGAUACCAGUCCAGAGAGGCUUAGUGACCCUAAAACAUGGGAAUUACAGCCUGCUGACUUCAAAUUUGUGCAUGAAAGACUUCGACCACCUUCUCCUCCAGAACCUUUCCAGGCUCAGCAAGAAACCAGAAAUAAAUUCAUUCAGGAUACUCAAAAUACGAAAAACCUGAACACAGACGCAGAAAACCAUUCCAAACAAGGAAAAAAUAAAUACUCCAAGAAAAAAGAUAGUUAUGACUCUUCUCAUGGAGAAAGGAGGAGCAGCUUAAGAGAUUGUUAUCUUCCCCGUGAGAAGCACAAGACUUUGAUUUUAUCCCAGGAAGAGGGUGAAGCCUGUAAAAAGCCUCAGAGACAGGGGCCAUCUAUUCUGGUGCAACCUUCCCCAUCACCUACAGAGCAAGAAAGCAAGUCAAACCCCCAACACAUACCUAGUAAAUCAGAAAAUGAUUUCCCUCCUGUAAGUGCACAGAAGUCUUCAAAAAAUUGCCUUGAAGAGUGGUUGAGAUGUGAAAGAAUGUACAUUGAUAAAUAUUAUUCCAAAUCUACAAAAGUAACAGAAUUGAAAAUGGGAAAUCUGCAUCUGAUACCCGUUGGUAUGGAGCCCGAUGCUUCCCAGGACAUGGACGUCAUUGUUCAGACCAAAGAAAAGCCUCAUGAUGUAAUUAAUUUGUCACUUGACACUAAAGUGCCCCAUUUCAAGAUGAUCAGAGAUGAGAAUGGGAAAUACCCAGUUGUUCAUGGGGAAAAUGAAAAUGAGCUGGUGUCCCCAGCUGGCCCACAUAAAAAUGGCAAACUGAAUGCCUACCUUGUUGAAGAGAUCAACAGGAGUCAAGAUUGCCCUGUGUUCUGUGACCCAGCCUUUGGGGAUGAUGAUACCUCUUUUCCUGACCUGAACGUUUAUUUUCAAGAACAAGAAUUUAGGAGUGAAGAAAGUGGUGACCCACAUCCUGAAAGAGCAGGAAGACAAAGUCCUUUUGUAGAAAAAAACAGAAUGGAAAAUAUUUAUGUAGAUGAGAAGCAAGUAGUUUAUAUGAACAAAAACUGUACCGCCAUUGUCAGCGAUGAGAGAGAGGUUAAGACUUUGGGCAGUUCGGCAGUAAUGUAUUCUGAAAAGUUUUCUUCCACAUUUAACUUAGCCUGGAAAAAAAGCUAUGUGUCUGUAGAAACUGCCUUGGUUGGAAGUGAAAACAGAACUACCCUUGGGAAUCAGGGAGGGAUCCUUCUCAGCAGUGAAAAAAGGCUGAUGCCACAGGCUUCCGCAGCCACGUCAUCUGAGGCCGUGGGCUCCUGUGCGGCCCAUGUGCACAAAGACUCCGGGACGAGCAUGCCCAUUGCUGCUCAGAUGCCAGGCUGCAGCACUGAGUAUGAAGACAACCAAGGCAAAUUCCCAGGACUGGCACAAGCUGUCCAGAGCCCCAGUUUUGAAGCCAGGGGAAGAAAUGUCUUUGGGGAACACAAAGAUGACAAGGACUACGGGAAACCCAAUGAAGUCUGUGAACAGCCCACAGUUAACGAGGACACGAUGUUCCUAUUUCCUCAGGAACUGGACUUUGACAACGAGAUUGAAGUGGAAUGUGACCAAUGCGAAGACCUCUUCCUGCAACAAGACCCAGCCCUCCGUAGAAACCUGUCCGCUGAGGAAAUGAACUCUCUGUACCAGCUGCUGGAAGCUCGUAUAGACUGGGAAAAUCUGUUUGGAAGCGGUAGCCAGAAGCCCUCAGAGGGUUCCCAAGGCAGUUCGUCACAGGAGGAUGGAAGCCAGUGUUUCCUUAGGGAAAGCAGCUGCAUUUAUUCUUGUACCCAGAAAAACCACAGGGAGCUCUUAAGUCCACUGGUGGUUCCUGAUUUACAGAUUCAGAUUACAAAUAUCUUUCAGUCGGAAUUUGCCCUUUCUCAGGAGCCACUAGCAGCGCAGGACGAGGACCUGAUGUGGGCCACAUCGGAGAUUACAGAGGUAGAAAUGACCGACGCAUGGGAAGACCCAGAGCCUGUGGCUAGUCCUUCCCAGUUUACCUGUGAGAACAUUGACCCUCCUGGUAAAGAUGAGCUUGGUCCGAACGUGCAGCCAGAGGCAUCAGAAGGAACGGGGAAUUUGGUCCUUUCCCUACCUCCUGACUCAUCGGUUCACAAGGCAGUGGAAAACCCCCUGGCCUUGUCCCCUCAACCUGCUGCUACUUCCCAAACCAAAAAGGAUGAGAGUGCCUGCCCCCUGGCAAAGCCAAGGGAUGCCCAUAACAAAGCUCCAAGGAUUAAGGAUAUGGAACCUAAAAGUAGUAAAGGGAAGCUACCGGCCUCCUUAAAGAACAGAAUCAUGCCAAGCAGAAACUUCAGGCAUCCAGAACCUUGCGGCAUGACCAGAAAGACAACGCAUCACCAGUCAUAUGAGCAGUUUUCUUCUUUAUCCGAGGGACGGAUAAAGACCUUUUCUCAGUCAGAAAGGUACAUCAGAAACGUUCUGGAUGUCCUCCAUAGCGAAGCAUCCUUAUGCAAGAGCAAACAUCUGUCCAGAAAACUCGCCCGGGCUGUUGUUCAUUUAAAGAAAGCUCACAGGAGAGUUCGCGGAUUCUUGCAGCUCAUCACGAAAGUGGGGGAGAAAAGGAGAAAUAGCCCCUUGCCCAAGUCUUACGAGGUCAUACGCAACAGCUUAUGGGAAUGUUGUGACUUGGUAGGUUACAAUUUUCUGACGGAAAGAAGGUAUUACUCGAGGCGUUGUUGGCAGAAGAGAAAAGAUGACAGAAGGGAGGAGAGGAGAGCUUCAGGACUAGAAGUUGUUCGAUCUCGGACCUCUGCCUCACACCACCAGGGCUGUGGCAGCAGCAGCAGCAGGGACCAUGGAGUCCGCAGGCCACUCUCCAUAGAAGGUCCGUGCAGCAAGGCCUCUGUAAGUCAUGGAAGCAUCCCGAGAAGCGCCAGUCCUGACAGACCACACCGCUCUGAGUCUUGGGACUCAGCGGUGAGCAGGGCCAGUUUGAAAGAUCAAAGAAGAAGGGCUGACCGCAGGGUCCCUGAUGAACAGUCACAAGCUUUCCCUUCUCCUCGCUCUGACAGGGAAAGGAGUUUGGACUUUGUCCUCUUGUCUGACGUUCAUGCUGAAGAAAGAAGUGAGAGGCCCUCGAGGGACCUCACCUCCAGGGAGGCUUCCUCAGCAGUCCAUUCUGCUCCAUCUAGAAUGGAAAGUAAUGUAAAGUUUUCCAGUGGCCUUGGGAAAAAGAGCCUUCCCCAGGAUACCAAAAGACCACAUGUAAAAGGUGAUGGUGACACUCACUCCAGAGCGAAUUCUGACCUCUUCAUUUCUGCCUUAAAAUCAGGCACAGAACACUUUUUCAAUGUUGAUGUCUCUAAAACAGAUGAUCUGAAGUUGCCUGGAGAUCCCCCUAAGAUGGAAGGUCACCUUCCUGCAGAAAAGUCAGUAGCACCUGCAAGAAGCUCAAAACCAAGCUCCGGUUCAGAACCCUUAGUCGGGGGCUCAGGUGGGACAGCUCCCUGGACAAGCCGAGAGGGAGAGAGGGUGCUUCGGAACUUUUCCUGCAUCUCUAUUAAUAAUGAGGCCGAAUGGUGGACACCCCACUCCAAGGAGCUGCCGACUGUUGAUGGCCUUGCAACCCACACUUCGUCCUUACAGCAGGAGCAGCCACAGCUUCAAAAUGGUGGUGAGAAGGCUUUCGAUACAGUAUGGAGGCCUUGUCAAAACUCCCCUCGAGGAGGGGAUAGGAAGGAAGAAAGUGAUUCUGAAAGGGCCCCGGUGGAGCCUGUACCACUUGACAAAAAUAAAAAUUGUAAGGAAAGUGCUGUCAAGGUCCUCGUUUUGAACAGUUCUUUGGAGAACACUGGGAGCUCCUCAUCACAAAAAUCCAUGGUAAAGGAAAAAGAUAAAAAAAGACGGAAAAAGCCAAUAGAAAGGGAACAGCAAUCAAAAAAGCCAGUGGAAGAGUCAAGUAUUUUACCAGGACCUUCUGAGAAAUCUGUUCAGAUGGAAGGGCAAGAUAAACAGGGCCAGACCUUGGAGGGUUCUUUUGUGGUGACUGCCUUUUGGAGUAAAAUAACUCCCGGUCAGCUGGCCAGGACCAAGGAGGUGGAGAGCAGAAUGGAAGUGGAGGAUGAGCCAACUCUCUCCCCCAGUGGCCCUCCGGCCACAAUAAUGGGUGAUUCUGCCCCCAGGAGGAAGGGAGACCCCCAGACCUGUGCCGUGCAAAUGCGCCCAGGGACCCCCGAGGCUGACCCUGCUCAGCAGCCCCCUCCCACAAGUGAACUAGAGGAGGAUCGGUCUUCAGAGGACCCUAUGACUCUCAUUGUGAAAUUAUCCAGAAUUCUGAAGAAGGCAGACAAGGCGUCCACGCUAAAGAGUUUACAGGAGCAAAUCAAAACCUGCCAAGCUGUCCUUCCUUUAUUCAUUGAAGCUUUUGAAAGAAAACAGAAAUGUUCCUUUCAGCACGUGCUGAUUUCCCGGAAUUUGCUGGUGGAAGGGAACGGGUGGAGUAACUGCAGACACCAUUGCCUCCACCCACGAGCCCUCGAUUCUCUAGUGGAGCUCCAGAUGAUGAUGGAAACCAUGCAGUUCAUCGAGAAUAAGAAAGGUCUCUUGGGCAGCGAGCCCACGUUCCGCAGCUUGCUGUGGUACAACGCUUCUCUUUACGGCGAGCUGCUCCGGGGGAACGAAGGCUACCGGCAGCAGUCCUCUCUCUACCCAGCUUUCCAAGAACGGCUCAGGUACGAUGCAUUCAGCGAGUUACAGCCCUACCACGGUCAGUUAGUCAAACUGUUAGAAGAAGCCAGGAAGGAGAACAGUUCCUACUAUGCUAUCUUGAAAUACAAACGACAGAUCGAGGAGUGUGAAGACAUCAUGAAACGCUGCUCCAAUGACUUCGACUUUACCCUUUCGGCACCGUUCAGCUGUGGGGUUAAUUUUGGAGAUAAUUUAGAAGAUUUAGAAACAUUGAGAAAAAGCACUUUGGAACUGAUCAGUAACCAGGACCAUUUCUCUACAAUUCAGUCUUGUCCUGGGAAACAAGACCAUCUCUGGAUCAUCAUGGAAAUCAUCUCCUCCAAGAUGCAGUUUAUAAAAAAUUCUGAAUCAGUUAGUAUGAAGAUAUCUCUCUAUGGCCUGGAACACAUCUUCUUCGAUGCUGCUAAAAGUCUUGUUUGGAAAGAGAGGGGCCUGUCAGUCGGCAAAAAUGACUCCCCCAAGAAGAUGAAGGAAGAGCUGCUCGCAUUUAACCAGUGUGCCUUUAAGAAGCUUCAGCAGAUCUAUGAGACUCUAGAGGCUGACGGCAAAGCAGAACGGGCUUCCAAGGGUUCGCUUGAGGAAACUGCUGGAAAUGUUCCCGGUAAGCAUUGUGACUACGUAAAGGGAGAGGUGCUUGGCAGGGGAAGCUUCCAGUUUAGUGAUACUCUCUUCUCUCUCCCAGAUUUUUGCUGCGUUGGAGACAUAUUAGACCAAGCGGAAUCUGCUGACGUGAAACAAUUAGAGGAACUUACAGCGAGGUGCAGAGACCACCUAGAGACCUUAAAGAAAUGCUUCCAGAUUCUGCAGGAGGACUCUGUGGACAGCAUCUUGAUCACGGAAGACAACGUGUUGGACGUGGCCAAGCAGCCCAGCCAUCAGGUAGUCAUCCUGAAGCCCGAAGCUGUUGAGAUGUACAUCGAAGUGGUCAUGCUUGCUGAAACAGUUCACUUCUUGAAAAAUGUCACGGCCAGGAAGCUAGACAAGCCGAGGUUUCGGGGUAUGCUGUGGUUCGAUUUGUCUCUCCUUCCGGAGCUGAUACAAAACCAAGAAAAAGCAGCUUCCUUUUCAUUUCUCAAAGAGAAUGCAGCAGCCUGCCUGUGGGAGGCGGUGGAGGCUUCCAUAUUGGAACUGAAGGGGGAUGCCACUGUCAUCUGCGAGUACCCUGAGGGGGCCAACUCCUCUUACGCCCUUCAGCUACUGUCCAGAGAACUCACCGAACUCUCUGAAAUAAAGACGCUCCUGGAACAGACAACCCCACCCAUCGCCACCUACGUGGACCUUGUGCCUUACACCACGUCAGUGAAUUAUGGCACGACCCUUUCUGAUCUUGAAUACAAUUAUAACCAGUUUGCUGCGUUGUUGAAAAGCCUCACUUUGGCCUCCCAGAAAGACCUGGGGAAAAUGGCCCAUGUCAUGAAGGUCAUGAAGACCAUAGAGCGCCUGAAGGUCUCCUGUGCCGAAAAGGGAAGCGGCGACAUCUCCCUUCUCACCUGCCAGAUGUUCUACAAUGCAGAGAAAGCCCUCCGGCAGGGGAGGAAGGAGACCAGGGUUGUCCCUAAGGCAAAGCCCAGAAUGGCGGCCAGGAAACUGGGGCCCUAUUGGAAGGAAUCGCCACCUCCUUCAGGCAUGCCCCACAAAGACCUAGCCGUCUCCAAAAAAAGACCUUUCCCUUUAGCUCCUUGCGAAAGCGGCCAAAAGUACUCGGGAAGUCGUGAUUCACCAAGAUGCAAAAAACCAAAGGUAAGAAGCUUGUCAAGACCCGCCCUGGACGUCGAGAAAGCCAGGGAGCCUGAGGGGGAGAAGACAGCAGAUCCUCUGGACCUCAUCCCCCCGCCCGGCCUGAGCCAGACCAGGAAGCAGUCCCCAGAUGUGCCCGGGCAGGGGUCUCCAGGGCCCAGCUGCCUGCUUCUGCUGCGGAGCCUCACUGAGGACAGCCCCCCGACUGUCAGAGUUACAGCUGGGCCACAGGGGAGCCCCAAGGGGAUGAGAGGAAGAGGCCUAAGGAAGAGAAGCUGGUCUGAGGGGACCCUGCCCAGCGCUCGAGGCCUCCCUUCCCAGACUGGAGCGGAUGCCCUCCAGGCCACGCGCUUUGCAGCACGUGCCAGCUUCCACAGUGAAGACAAUCUCCAUUCUGCUGCAGCGGCAAAGGACUUGGGCUUUGUUUGUGCAGACCGCGAGAUGCUCCUGGAUGGCGCUAACGGCAUCCAGCCCCUGAGUGUGAUCCUCCCGAGCCACGUGGCCGUGGUCCUACAUCCCACCUGUCCUGGCCCAGCCGCUCCCCCCCAGCCAGGUCCAAGGGCUGAGCCCCCCAACCAGGCGGCCCCGGGGUCCUUCUCUCUGCAGCAGCAGCCUGAGGACGUGCCGGGGGUCUUUGUGCCAGCCUCUGGGGGCUGCUGGAACGGCCACCCCUCAAGAACCCGCCAGGGGUCCCAGGCCUGGGGCCACACUUGCAAUCCCCUGUACCCUUGUUCUUCAUGGUGCGUCUAUCAUUUGUGCAACAGCGGCAGCAGCUCCGCCACCCAGACCUACCAAGGGAUGACGCCACUCGAGGGCCAGCCCCUCCCUGCAGCUGCGGCCGUGGCCCCUGUUUACCACAUGCCCGCCAAUCUGCUCGGCUGCUUGGGCCCCAGGGACCCCCCGAGGAGCGACUUAGGAGAGCCACUGCUGCCCGGGCAGGGGCUCAGCUUUUGCGCCUCCCACGGACCCCUCCCGUGCCCCGCUGCCCCCUGUGCAGCCAGCCAGGCCUCGCCACAUGGCCCCUACACCUGCCCUCCUCGCCCAGGCUCGAUUCCAGGAGUCACCUGCAAGUGCGGUGAGUACCUCAAGGGACCGGGAAGGGUUCGAGAGGCUUGUGGGCUCCUGGCCGGCCGGGCUCGAUCCUGA